CUCAUUUGAGGGAUCCCGUUCCAGGCGUUCCGUAGCGAGAACGCACUGCCGAAGAGUUACUUUCGAAUCAUACUUGCUUAUACUCUGAUACUCUCUCACACACAUUCGACAGACACACCAUCAUGGGGCAGUGGAACUCUACCCCCUCUGAAAUACACGAGGACGAGCCCUUCCUCCUGUACAAGGAGCAACUGCAGCAGGAGCGAAUGAUGGAGCUGCAGAACCAGUGGUUGGAGCGGACAAAUGCCAUGGAGAUAGCCUGGUCCAGGGAGUUCGUCAGAUACUACGGAGCCUUCUGCGCAGUCUCCACUGUGGGGCUCUGUGUGGGUGCCUUUCAGAGGAGGAGGCUGGUCCUGCUGGCGCCACUGGUCCCCCUGGGUUGCGUGCUGACCUACCAGCUGGACCAGGUCUACGGCACCCUGCGGGGUCGGGUCAGAGGUGAGACCGCUCCCUCGGUCCUCCUACCACGGGUAAUCUCUUGCAGAAGCGUUUUCAAGUCAUCGCUGAGCUCAUACUCCCGCGGGCGCCCACCAGUGUACAGCAAGUGGAGGCAGAGAGACUCAUGGGGUCAGAGCGAGCCAAACUGGGCCCACCAGGAGGGCACCUGACCUUCCAGGCCCUAGAGGACAUCCGUAAGGCCAGACCCAACGCACUCCGUGCAUGGCCUAUCCCUCAUGAUCACCCUCUCCGAAUUCAGAAGAAUCUGCCCACGCCACGACUUGAUGCUAAAGAUCCUGAUGUCAGUUGCGGCCAUUUUACUAAAUAAUCGUCUGAUGUCAGUUGCGGCCAUUUUACCAAAUAAUCGUCUGAUGUCGUCUGGCAUCGUAAAGAAUAACCACUCUUAUGUUUUACAUUUGCACUAUCAAACUCAAAUAAAUAAGCAAUAAAAUAUAUUUUCCAGUUAUUAA